CACCCAGCGCGUUUUGACGGCCUUCGUGUAAGGGUUGGUUGGAGAGGGGUUUCGAGGCAGGUGGAAUUACAACAAUAAUCGUCGUGCUGUACAAGAUUUGUCCCCUGAAGAUCAGAGCCGGUAACAGCAGUGACAAUAUAUAAGACACAACGGAGCUUUUUUUUUUUCUGUACCAGCUGCGGGGUGGCCGACACGACUGCGACAUUUAGCACAACAGCCGGGAAACUGCUGUCUGUGUUGGUGCCCGGGCAAACAGCCGCGUCCAAGGAAAUCUCGUGAGAAGGCUCAGCCAGGGUUGAGAAAAUGAGUUCGGCACGGUUCCGCCUUUGUGUUGUGUGCGGUUUGGUCGGUCUGAUCAACAUCGUCCUCUUCUGCGCUUGCGGCAUCGCGUUGGCGAGGGUGCUUCGAGCCGCGGCUAGAGAUGCCUACAGCAGCCCACGGCGGCGACUGCUGGCGCUUGAUGACGGAGCGGCGAGGCGGAUGCCUGGCAUGGGGAUGGCAAUGCUGGCGGCUUUUCGACCCUUCACCACUCAGAAGGCGCUUCUGUCGAUGUUGACGUUGUCGGCAGCACUGAGCAUCGCCUGGGCGGUGUUGGCGUACGAAGCGUGGGACCUUCUCCAUGGGACACUAGACGUUUCUGUCAGCCUGGCCCUCCGUGUGGCCUUCUACGGCACAGAUUUUUUUCUCGCCGCGACGACGUUCACGCUCUACACCAUCCUCGCCAAAUUUUGGGCAGACCUGACCUUUUCCGCAAGGCAGGGGGCAGGCGCGUCGCGGCCAUUGGGGGGGGGCGAUGAGUACAGGCCACGAGGGACGACGCUAAUCUGGAAGGUCACGCGAGGCGUGCAGCGUGUCUCCAGCACCGUCGUGUUCGCAGCUGCUGCUCUUGCGACAGUGUUGCAAGCAGUGCUUGUGACUCUCGAUUAUAAGUAUCUGAACCUGUGGAAGGCAUACGUAGAAGGUGGUGUGUUCAUCCUCGCGGCCUUUGUCAUGGUCACCGCUGCCUACUACGCUGUCGUGGAGUUGAGGCUGGUACCCAUCGAGCUGCCUACCCGUCGACGCCGGGUUUGCCGCGUGGUAGCGAUGACAGGAUCCGUCGCCGUCUGCCUGGUCUUGCGGGCAGUUGUGCUGGUGUGGGUGGCGAGCAAACCCAUUUUCGUCAACACCGACUUGGAGAUGUUGGCGCUUCUCGGCUACUGGGUUCUCCUCGUGGCGUUGCCGUCGUCGAUCGUCUUGGCGUACAACAGAGUGGUUCCCCUGUCGAGCUACUCGGGAGGACGAGGAGGGACGGGCAACGUCAGCCUACGGUGGACGGCCCCAGACGAAGAAGAGGAAGAGCCCUUGAUACCACCCGGAGUCGCAACCGGGACUCGUUUCGACGGCUCGAAUACCUUCGCGGGUACCCGUAUUCCCACUGUGCACAGCUAGAUCCGCGGCGGGUUAGAGUGGACAUGGCGGACGCUUGACUCUUGACACGGGCUUCACUCAGCGAAGACCAUGUACUGCUAUGUGCUCGGUGUUGUGUUCAAGCUCGAUACCCGCCGUCGCGUUUUUUUUUGUCUCUUCAGAAGCCCCUCGGUGUGUUCUUCCUUGUGUUUCAUGGCUGGGCUUUCAAUUGCGUAAGUACCUCGCCUUCGUUUUCUGUGUUUUAUCUGUUUCUUGACGCGGUUUGAUCCCUUCGAACAGCGAUUGGUAGCGUUGGCGAGAAUUGUCACGAACAAGCGCGCUCUUGCUGUGUUGUUCACCGAGGUAUGCAUGUUUGCGAACACCAUUUGUGGGGAUUUCUUAAUAGGAUAAACACGUGCACUCUCACGGGGAGUUAGAUGACUUCUAGGACGUAUCCGCUGGACCGCAGGCUUGAGCAUCGUAAUGUCGCCUGGUACUGCAUUGGUGUGCCCCUGCUUGGGCUUGGUGCUUGUUGCAAGCCGGCCUGGUACCCCCGGUACCCCCAUUACUUCACCGUUGCGAACAGCAGUAGGAGCAGAGAUUUGCUAGAAUGCGGCUGAAGAACGGCUUGGACGCCACCGCCGUUAUGCAACAGGAAGUGGGUGCUACUUGCGUGUGCAUGCAUGAAAGGGGUAGAUGGAACCAGGGGGGGUGUCACAUCGCUGGCGCCCGCAGUUUGUUAGUUUAAACGUCAGUUUGCCGUCGAAGCUCACCGUCUUCAACUGAGUCGACACACGAGAGCUCCGUGCUGUGGCUUGAAUGGGAGGUUUCUUUGUAGGACUGACCCUGGUGAGCUCUCCUUAUAAAACGCUGAGACCCCUAGAUCUACUCUGUGUCGGAAGUUUUUUCUUCGUGUCUUAUUUCCCGGUUUCGGCUGGCUUUGUAUGUUGAGCUACAGGUUUCACACAGAUUCUCUCCCUUCAAAAUAUGUGCUUUUCCGCCGGGACACCCUCCGUCGAAAGUCAGUUCAACGUGAUUGGAGUAAGCAGGUAAGGGAUGUAUCUCUCCAUGCAUUGCUCAGAUGUUUCGUAUGUUGAUAUCUCGUCAAGGUU